CAGCCCUCCGCAGCCCACCACCAGCACCCCGCAGGAGGAAAGCCGCAGCUGCCCCCGCACGCCCAGCUCCGGCAGCACCAACUGCCGCGAGUAGCGCUGGAUAUCCAGCCGGCUCAACCCGGCCCGGAGAGCGGAAGGCUCCGGCAUGUCGCCUCCGUCAUCCGCCGAGUGGGGAAGCCGAGCGGCCUUCUCGGCUUCCAUCGCCGUAGCUUUCUUCCUCUCUGCCGGCGAGCGCGGCCGAGAGACGCUCCGCUCCUUCCGCUUCCGACUCCGAGAGAACCCGCCGUGGACACGCCCCCUCUUCCCCACGCCCCCCUCUUCCCCGCCCACUGGGCUGGCGGUGACGCGCAGGCGCGGUGGGCGGGUUGAGCCGAGCGCGCGCUCCGUCAUGGCGACCGCGGCCCGCAAGUACUCGGUGCUGCUGCCCACCUACAACGAGCGCGAGAACCUUCCCCUGGUGGUCUGGCUGCUGGUGAAGAGCUUCGAGGAGAGUGGGAAUGAGUUCGAAAUUGUAAUUAUAGAUGAUGGAAGCCCAGAUGGGACACAGGAAGUUGCUGACCAGUUAAUAAAGAUUUAUGGAUCAGACAAAAUUCUGUUGAGACCCAGAGCAAAGAAACUUGGAUUGGGAACUGCUUACAUUCAUGGAAUGAAACAUGCCACAGGAAACUUCAUUGUUAUUAUGGAUGCUGAUCUCUCACACCAUCCCAAAUUCAUUCCAGAGUUUAUCAAAAAACAGAAAGAAGGAAAUUUUGAUAUUGUCUCUGGGACUCGAUAUAAAGGAAAUGGAGGUGUGCAUGGAUGGGAUCUAAAACGAAAAUUGAUCAGCCGAGGUGCCAACUUUUUAACUCAAGUUCUAUUACGGCCAGGCGCAUCAGACUUAACAGGAAGCUUCAGAUUAUAUAGAAAAGAUGUUCUACAAAAACUGAUGGAGAAAUGUGUUUCAAAAGGAUAUGUUUUCCAAAUGGAAAUGAUUGUCCGGGCCAGACAAUUGGGUUAUUCUAUUGGAGAGGUUCCUAUAUCAUUUGUGGAUCGAGUCUACGGAGAAUCCAAGCUAGGAGGCAAUGAAAUAGUUUCCUUUCUGAAAGGAUUGUUGACUCUAUUUGCCACUACAUAAUAAAGAGAUUCAGUACUGUG